AUGGAUGGAUUCUUCACAGCUCCGAUGACAGCGGCGGUGAGGGAAGCAGCCAGCUUGACCGGCUGGGCAAAUGAAGGUCCAACGGCUGUGGCGGCUGAGGCAGAGAAGGGUCACACGGCGGCUGGAAGGGGAUUAGGGGACCGGUCACUGUUUGAUGGAUGGAUUCUUCACAGCUCCGAUGACGCGGCGGUGAGGGAAGCAGCCAGCUUGACCGGCUGGGCAAAUGAAGUCUACAUUCUGAUUCUGGAAGCGUCCGAUAGGAUUGGCGGUAGGAUCCGGAAAGAAUGUUUCGGAGGCGUGUCAGUGGAGAUCGGAGCGGGUUGGAUCGCCGGUGUAGGCGGCAAAGCGUCAAAUCCCCUUUGGGAGAUCGCCGCUGAGUUUGGCCUCCGAACCUGCUUCUCCGACUACAGUAAUGCUCGCUAUAACAUCUAUGAUCGGAGCGGGAAGAUAUUUCCGAGUGGAGUCGCCGCUGACUCGUACAAGAAAGCGGUGGACUCGGCGAUACAGAGACUGAGGGACCUAGAGUCAAACUGUGUCGAGGAUGCUCCCAAUGGAGCCGAGUCACCUUUAACACCGAAGACACCGAUAGAGCUCGCAAUUGACUUCAUAUUACACGAUUUCGAGAUGGCAGAGGUGGAACCAAUAUCAACAUACGUAGAUUUUGGGGAAAGAGAAUUUUUGGUGGCAGAUGAAAGGGGUUAUGAGCAUUUACUAUAUAAAAUGGCUGAGGAUUUUCUAUUUACAUCGGAGGGGAAAAUCCUGGAUAAUCGCCUCGAACUAAACAAGGUUGUCAGGGAAUUACAGCACUCGAGGAACGGCGUUAUGGUGAAAACAGAGGAUGGUUGCGUUUACGAAGCCAACUACGUCAUUUUGUCCGCUAGCAUUGGUGUUCUCCAAAGCGACCUCAUUUGCUUCAGGCCUCCCUUGCCCAGGUGGAAAACAGAGGCCAUAGAGAAAUGUGACGUGAUGGUAUACACCAAGAUCUUCCUCAAGUUCCCGUAUAAGUUCUGGCCUUGUGGACCUGACAAAGAGUUCUUCAUCUACGCUCACGACCGGAGAGGCUAUUACACGUUUUGGCAGCACAUGGAGAAUGCAUAUCCCGGUUCGAAUAUCUUGGUGGUAACAUUAACCAAUGCUGAAUCAAAACGUGUGGAAGCUCAAUCCGAUGAAGAGACAUUAAAAGAAGCCAUGGGUGUGCUGAGGGACAUGUUUGGGCCCGAAAUACCUACCGCCACUGACAUCCUUGUUCCACGCUGGUGGAAUAACAGGUUCCAGCGUGGCAGCUACAGCAACUACCCCAUAAUCUCCAAUAACCAAGUCGUUAAUGAUAUUAAGGCCCCAGUUGGACGCAUAUUCUUCACCGGUGAACACACAAGUGAGAGAUUCAAUGGCUAUGUGCACGGUGGAUACCUAGCGGGUAUCGACACAAGUAAAGCUUUACUGGAGGAGAUAAGAAAGAACAAAAGUUCAUUGCUGGAGCCUCUGCUAGCAUUGACGGGGUCAUUAACUUUGACACAGUCGGAUACGGUCUCUAGUCGCCAAAAAUGCGAUGUUCCUACGCAAUUAUAUCUUAGUGGCAAGCGUGGCAUUCCAGAAGCAAUCUUAUGACUUAAUGUACCUAACUUUGACAAAGAUG